AUGACGGAAAAACAACAAAGUGAAGCCUAUCGGACAGCCGUUCGACAGCUUAUUACAGCCAAUCACAUACUCCAUUACCACAAGGUGGUGGAUGCUUACGGCCAUGUUUCGGUCAGAAGUCCCGACGACGCAGAAGUAUAUAUACUGUCUGGGAACAGAGCUCCAGCUUUGGUUUCCUCUGCAACAGACCUGAUAGAAUAUCGCGUGUCUGACAGUUCUCCCGUCGAUCACAGUGCUGGCAGUGGAUUCUUAGAACGAUUCAUCCAUAGCGAAAUCUACAAGCGAUUCCCUGAAGUCAAUUGUGUUAUCCACAGUCAUGCUGAGGCAGUACUGCCUUACGUUGCUGGAAAUGUUGAAAUGAAACCGACUUUUCAUAUAGCUGGAUUCCUAGGUACCAAAGUUCCAGUCUACAACAUCGCCACGUCUUAUGAGAAAAUGUCCUCAUAUGAGAAAGAAGUCCAACAAGAUAUGCUUAUUAGCAAUGAUCAGUAUGGCUUCGACCUUGCAAACCACUUUUCCAAGCGAGGAUCUUGGUCUUGCGAUCACAAUGUAGUACUCAUGACCAACCAUGGCUUCACAGCAGUCGGAUCUAGCAUCAAGCAGUCCGUAUAUCGAGCUGUGUACACAUGCGUCAACGCCGAUGUUCAAACAAAGGCUAUGAUGAUCAGCUCAGCAAGAGCAAGCCAGGGCGCAUCGAGGAGCGAGCCUGUCUACUUGACCGAGAAACAGGCGCGUGGGUGUCAAAAAAUGAAUGAUGCUACAAUGGACCGGCCAUGGGGACUUUGGGAAAGGGAAGUCGAGGUUUGUCCUCUAUACCGGAACGACGAACUAGAAUCCAAGACUUCAGCUCCUUGA